AUGUUCAGUUUGGUGUCACGUGGCCAGGCUGUGGCCAAUCAAACGCUCACGGCUUCGUCAAUUGCCGCCGCUCUUGUGGUUGUUCUUUCGCUUCUCCAGCUUUUCUUCAAAGACCAAGCCUGGAGCAUCAACACGACCCUGAUUGCCAACGUCAAGGCCACAGCGCUGUUGAAAAAUUCAUUCGCUUAUGGCGCCGUCGGUGGCAAACCUAAAGAGAACUCAAAAAUCCAGUUCGAUUUGGAUGCAGACUUGACGCCACUUUUCAACUGGAACACGAAACAAGUGUUUGUGUAUUUGACCGCCGAGUAUGAAGGAAAGACGGCGUCUGCUUCGAAUAAGGUGACUUAUUGGGAUAAGAUCAUCACGAGUCGUGAGGAGGCCGAGGUGCACUUGAAGAACCAGAGAGCCAAGUAUUCAGUGUGGGACGUGGAACGUUCGUUUAGAGGAAGAAACGCCACGCUUCGGUUGGAGUGGAAUAUCCAGCCGUGGGUGGGGCCGUUGCUUUACGGCAGCACGACGACCGAGCUGACGUUUGUGUUUCCCGAUGUGAAGAAGCCGAAGAAGGCUGCUGCCUAG